CACUUGCGUGUCAGCCUCUACCCAUUUCCCGCGAAAACCUCUGCUAUCUCCUCUCUCUCUCUCUCUCUCUCAUCUGCAUCAAACUUUAAAUCCUUGUCUUGAAUAACAAACACUACAUUACGUUACAAAUCUGUAUGUAUUUACCGAUAUUAUUAAAAUUUUGGAUUUUUUUUAAUCCAGAAUCGAUCAAUUCUCUCCCUCUUUCUAUAUCCGUUAUUCUCUCUCUCUCUCUCUCUCCCUCUCUCAUGGAUUUAUACUUUCUCUUUCCUGAAUUGUUCCAUUUAUCCACCUUUCUCUCUCUUCAUCCCAACCCUACAAUCUCUCUUUCUCUCCCAAAACUUUGAAUUAUUAUCUCGUUCUCACACUAGAAUUUACUGUAUCCACUCAUGACGACGCCAUGAAAGAGCCGAAUCUUCAAAUCUUCAACCACCAUCAAUGUCGACUCCACCUCCUUAUUCAGAGAAUUCCGAACCAGAACCAAACACCACCGACACGGCGGACUCAUCACCACUGAGGUUGAAGCUGAGGAAGAUCCCUCCGAUUCCGGUUCGCCGGAGCCACAGCAAGGGCGAGAUUGAGGAUGCAAACGACGAAGAUGUCGGUGAUGCUGAAUCGGAAUGUGAGGAUGAGUCCAUAAUUCUUGCGUCCUCUCUCGGUCUCAAUCACAUUCGAACUCGCUCGGCUUCCCUGCCUUCGCCUCUUCGAUUCUCGUCCUCGCUUGCCAAUCCUUCAAACAAGGAUGAAGUCGGUCCUCGGUCCAAAUCGUCCAUUCCUCAUCACAAUGCCACAUCCUUAGAACCAGGUAAAAAGGUCCAAUGGAGUCAAUCCAAAUCCUUAAGAGCCCCAUCAUCCCUCAGUCUGGGACUGGAGGGUCAUCAUGCAGCUUUUGCCAAGGAAAUCCAAUCUCCACGAUUCCAGGCUAUACUGCGUGUUACAAGUGGACGUAAAAAGAGAGCGGCAGAUAUCAAGAGCUUUUCUCAUGAACUCAAUUCCAAAGGAGUGCGGCCUUUUCCAUUCUGGAAGUCUCGUCCAUUUGGUCAUAUGGAGGAAAUUAUGGUAAUGGUCAGGGCAAAAUUUGACAGAUUGAAGGAAGAGGUUAACUCUGACUUAGGUAUCUUUGCAGGAGAUUUGGUGGGUAUACUUGAACAAACUUCAGAUUCACAUCCUGAAUGGAAAGAGAGUUUGGAGGAUUUGUUAGUUACAACCGGGUUUUGUGCAAAAAUGUCGCCAAGUGAUUUUUGGUUGAAAUGUGAAGGCAUUGUACAGAAUUUGGACGACCAGCGUCAGGAGCUACCAAUGAGCACACUUAAACAAUUAUAUACCCGCCUUUUAUUUAUCCUCACUCGAUGCACUCGGCUUGUGCAGUUUCAAAAAGAGAGUGGUUAUGAAGAAGACCACAUUCUGGGUCUGCACCAACUCAGUGACCUUGGAGUGUAUCCGGAACAAUUCUUUGGACCCUCACACAAAGACUUCAAUGACUCAAUGGAGGGAAAGGAAGCGACUGAAACGCAACCCAAGAAAGGAUAUGGGCAGGAACAAAACAAUAUAGCUAUUAAACAUAAUCAAGUAAAUCAAGACUUUGCUAGCGGAGGUGACACUGGAGAGGUUAGCACUGACAAAAGUGUUGCUUCCUCCACUGGCAGCUAUAGGAUGUCAGCCUGGAAGAAACUUCCAUCUGCAGCUGAAAAGAAUCAAAAAGGCCCAGGUUCUGUUGACACCCCAUCUAAGGAAAAAUUGUAUAGCUCGCAUGUUAAAGAUGAAACAGCUGGUGUUGAUGAUAAUAUUGAUAAUCUGGAUACUCCCUUGUGCACUUAUGAAAAUUCAGAGACAUCAUCAAAAGUACGAAAAGUUACCUCGGCAUUUCUAGGUGAUCAACACCAUGUAACAUAUGACAAUUUAUUUAUCUGUCGGAUAUGUGAGGUUGAAAUACCAACCGUACAUGUAGGGGAGCACUCUAGAAUUUGUACAAUUGCUGAUAGAUGUGACUUAAAAGGUUUAACUGUAAAUGAACGACUUGAAAGAGUUGCAGAAACUCUUGAAAGGAUAUUGGAGUCUUGGACACCAAAGAGCUCAGAUGGUGAAAUAGGAAGUCCGGAGGUUGCAAGAGUGUCUACUUCAAGUACACCUGAAGAUUUAGCUGAGUUGUCACCCAAGCAAGUCAACUUUUCUCAUCACUGCUCUGAAGAAAUGCUUGAUCGUGCUCCUGAAGCUGAUAAUGCAUUUGUGAUGGAUGAUCUGAACAUUUUCCCUGACAUGUCAUGUGAAACUCGUGCCCUUUCACCUGAUCUAGGCAAGAAAGCCUCAUCAGCAGGAAGCUUAACGCCACGAUCACCAUUAGUUACCCCAAGAACAAGCCAAAUUGAAUUGCUAUUGAGUGGACGGGGAACAAUGUUGGAGCAUGAAAAUGGUCAGCAGAUAAACAAGCUAGUGGAUAUUGCUCGAUCUGUAGCCAAUGUAAACACUAACGACUACAGUGCCUUGGAGUAUUUGCUUGACCGUCUAGAAAACCUAAAAUAUGCCAUCCAAGACAGGAAAGUGGAUGCCCUUGUUGUCGAAACCUUUGGAAGAUGUUUAGAGAAACUAUUGCAGGAAAAAUAUGUCCGUCUUUGUGGGCAAAUAGAAGAUGAAAAAGUAGAAUCAUCAAAUAUCAUUGCGGAUGAAGAUAGUUCUGCGGAAGAUGAUAUAAUUCGUAGUUUGCGAACAAGCCCUAUCAAUCCUUCUAAGGAUAGGACAUCCAUAGAAGAUUUUGAAAUAAUAAAACCAAUCAGCAGAGGUGCGUUUGGUCGAGUUUUCCUGGCAAGGAAAAGGGCAACUGGGGACUUAUUUGCUAUAAAGGUUUUAAAAAAGGCUGAUACGAUUCGUAAAAAUGCAGUUGAAAGCAUUUUGGCUGAGCGUAAUAUCUUAAUAUCACUUCGCAAUCCUUUUGUGGUCCGAUUUUUCUACUCCUUCACAUGUAGGGAAAAUCUUUAUUUGGUCAGAUUAAAUGGAGGAGAUCUUUACUCUUUGCUGAGAAAUCUAGGGUGCUUAGAUGAAGACAUGGCACGCAUAUAUAUGGCAGAACUUGUUCUUGCACUGGAAUAUUUGCAUUCGUUAAAUGUCAUUCACAGAGACCUAAAGCCUGAUAACUUGUUGAUAGGUCCAGAUGGUCACAUCAAGUUGACAGAUUUUGGGCUCUCCAAGGUAGGUCUCAUAAACAGCACAGAUGACUUUUCAGGUCCAGCAGUUAGUAGUACGACUUUUCUUGGGGACGAUGAACCAAAAAUUGCAUCACAAUCAUUCAUUAAAAGAGAACAGCGCCAAAAGCACUCAAUUGUUGGCACCCCUGACUAUUUGGCACCUGAGAUACUUCUUGGCAUGGGACAUGGUGCAACUGCAGAUUGGUGGUCUGUGGGUGUUAUUCUUUUUGAACUCCUUGUAGGAAUUCCUCCUUUUAAUGCAGACCAUCCACAGAAAAUAUUUGACAACAUUAUGAAUAGAGAUAUACCCUGGCCCAAAAUACCAGAGGAAAUGAGCUAUGAAGCAUAUGACUUAAUUGACAAAUUGCUGAUAGAAAAUCCAGGUCAAAGAUUAGGUGCAACAGGGGCCAGAGAGGUAAAGCAACAUUUUUUCUUUAAGGAUAUCAACUGGGACACACUUGCAAGGCAGAAGGCCAUGUUUAUACCUUCAGCUGAAGCACUUGACACUAGUUAUUUUAUGAGCCGCUACGUUUGGAACCCAGAAGAUGAAAAUGUUGGUGGUGGCAGUGACUUUGAUGACAUGACUGAAACAUGUAGUAUUUCUUGCAGCAGUGGUUCAUGCUACACACAAGAUGAAGAUGGGGAUGAAUGCGGACAUUUGGCUGAAUUCAAUGCUCCAACCCUUAGUGUGCAGUACUCAUUUAGUAAUUUCUCGUUUAAGAACUUGUCUCAGUUGGCUUCCAUCAACUAUGAUUUGGUUGUGAAGAACGCUAAGGAAUUACCAGAUGCAUCUUAACAAUCCAUUCCAUGA